CCCUGCCGCCCGGCCAGACCUCUCUGUGUCCCUGGGCCUCUGGAGCAGCGCGUCCUCGACUACUUUUGAGACGGCUUGUCAGCCAUAACCUAAAUUCAAGAUGAAUAGUGAUCAAGUUGCAUUGGUUGGUCAAGUGUUUGAGUCCUACGUUUCAGAAUACCAUAAGAAUGAUAUUCUUCUAAUCUUGAAGGAAAGAGAUGAAGAUGCUCAUUACGCAGUCGUGGUUAAUGCCAUGACCCUUUUUGAGACCAACAUGGAAAUUGGGGAAUACUUCACUGUGUUCCCCAAUGAAGUACUCAGUGUUUUUGAUAGUGCACUGCGGAGGUCGGCCUUGACAAUUCUCCAGUCCCUGUCUCAGCCUGAGUGUGUUUCCAUGAAGCAGAAUCUUCAUGCCCGGAUAUCAGGUUUGCCUGUCUGUCCUGAGCUGGUGAGGGAGCACAUACCUAAAACCAAGGAUGUGGGACACUUUUUAUCUGUCACUGGGACAGUGAUUCGCACAAGUCUGGUGAAGGUCUUGGAGUUUGAGCGGGAUUACAUGUGCAACAAAUGCAAGCACAUAUUUGUGGUCAAGGCUGACUUUGAGCAGUAUUACACCUUCUGCCGACCAUCCUCAUGCCCCAGCCUGGAGAGCUGUGAUUCCUCUAAAUUCACCUGCCUCUCAAGCUUGUCUUCAUCUCCAACCAGGUGUAGAGAUUACCAGGAAAUUAAAAUUCAAGAACAGGUUCAAAGGCUGUCUGUUGGAAGUAUUCCACGAUCUAUGAAGGUUGUCCUGGAAGAUGACUUAGUGGACAGUUGCAAAUCUGGUGAUGACCUCACUAUUUACGGGGUUGUAAUGCAACGGUGGAAGCCCUUUCAGCAAGAUGUACGCUGUGAAGUGGAGAUAGUCUUGAAAGCCAAUUACGUCCAAGUAAAUAAUGAGCAGUCCUCAGGGAUCACCAUGGAUGAGGAGGUCCGAAAGGAAUUUGAAGAUUUUUGGGAGUGCUAUAAGAGUGAUCCCUUUGCAGGAAGGAAUGAAAUAUUGGCCAGCUUGUGUCCUCAAAUAUUUGGGAUGUAUCUAGUGAAGCUUGCUGUGGCCAUGGUGCUGGCUGGUGGGAUUCAAAGGACUGAUGCCACAGGAACACGGGUCAGAGGUGAAUCUCAUCUUUUAUUGGUUGGGGAUCCUGGCACAGGGAAAUCUCAAUUUCUCAAAUAUGCAGCAAAGAUCACGCCAAGAUCUGUGCUGACCACAGGAAUUGGAUCUACGAGUGCAGGUCUGACGGUAACUGCUGUCAAAGACUCAGGAGAGUGGAAUUUGGAGGCUGGGGCGUUGGUGCUGGCGGAUGCAGGCCUCUGCUGUAUUGAUGAGUUUAAUAGCCUCAAGGAGCAUGAUAGAACCAGUAUCCACGAGGCAAUGGAGCAGCAAACCAUCAGUGUUGCUAAGGCUGGUCUCGUGUGCAAGCUGAACACAAGGACCACCAUCCUGGCAGCAACUAACCCCAAAGGCCAGUAUGAUCCCCAGGAGUCUGUGUCUGUGAACAUCGCCCUCGGCAGCCCACUCCUGAGUCGAUUUGACCUGAUCCUGGUUUUACUUGAUACCAAGAAUGAAGACUGGGAUCGUAUCAUUUCCUCCUUUAUCUUAGAAAAUAAAGGUUACCCAAGCAAAUCCGAGAAGCUCUGGAGCAUGGAGAAGAUGAAAACCUACUUCUGCCUCAUUAGGAACCUGCAGCCCUCCCUGUCUGACGUGGGUAAUCAAGUUCUUCUCCGGUACUACCAGAUGCAAAGGCAGAGUGACGCCCGGAAUGCUGCUCGGACAACCAUCCGCCUAUUGGAAAGCUUGAUACGAUUGGCAGAAGCGCAUGCUCGUCUGAUGUUUCGUGAUACUGUGACCCUGGAAGAUGCUAUUACAGUGGUGUCAGUAAUGGAGUCCUCAAUGCAGGGAGGUGCACUGCUGGGAGGUGUGAAUGCUCUCCAUACUUCCUUCCCUGAAAACCCCCGGGAGCAGUACCAGAGGCAGUGUGAACUUAUUCUGGAAAAGCUGGAGCUGCAGAGCCUCUUGAGUGAAGAGCUUAGAAGACUUGAAAGGUUACAGAAUCAGAGCAUGCACCAAUCUGAACCACACGUAACAAAGGCAGAAACUACUACAGGAUCCUCAAGAAAUGAUCCAGGGCAAGAAUCAAAUUUCAGAACCUCAACACAACAGGAAAUGAGUUCUAGCGAGCAUCCCUCCUCUCCUGGAGGCAGUCCCAGGACAAGCCGGCUUCCAGAUGCCCCACUUCAUCUGGGGCCUAAUAGAUCGAGAAGUAAGAAACGUUCAGCUGAGCACAGAGAUAGCCCAGAUGCCAGUCUGGAGUGGUUUGACUUCAUGACAACUCAUCACACUGAACCUGAAAAUACUGUUGUUGUGUCUCCUGAUCCAAAAACAACUGAGGAAAAGAUCUCUAGCAACAAAUCUCAGGGUGAGGAAAAGAGUGAACCAGGCCAAAGGAGCAAAGUGGAAGCCAGACAGCUUCCGUCACCAAGUGAGACAGACGCUGUGUGGAGGCCAGACAAAGUGGAGGGGCAGAAGGCAAGAUGCACAGCACCAGUGUCAGAAGCAGCUGCCCUUGCUGAUGGGUCAGACUGGGUGCUGACUCACCACGCCCCUAGGAGACUGCGCACACAGUGCAGGGAGAGGGCCCUGAAACUGUACAGAAACAGCACCAGGGUGCCGUCCCCAUCCACAGUGCCCCCUCCUCCUCAGUCCAUCCCUGUACACAGCCCUGAAAGAACGCUAGAAACUCCCCAGAGAAAGAGGCCGAAAUCCCUUGCUCAAGCUGAACGACCUGAGCUUGAAAGCCUUGAGACUCCAGGUCCCCCUGUGGCCACACUGGCAAAAUUUACUUUCAAAAAGAAGUCAAAGCUGAUCCACUCCCCUGCAGACCACAGCCAUGGGUCUCCUGGCACAACAGAAACAGCAGUUCAGAGUCCUCACACUUCCCUGCGCACAGCAAGAAGAGAAGCAGCUGUGCCUGUGAAGGGCUUAGAGGAGUCCACAGCCCGCUCAGGAGGCAGAGUCUCACAUCCUGUACAGGAUCAGUCAAAGGAGGUGUCCCAAGAGCCACCGGAGAAAGCUGGGUCUGGAGAGAGGAGGGAUGGUGCCCCUGAGAAGAGGGCUACUCCACAUGCCUCAGCGCUUGGAGACCAAACUGGGCACACUCACUGUACUGGGGAGGGAGACAAAAAGGGGGAGUUUUCACGCAAUUAUAAAAGCAGCGGAGUUCAUGCUUGCACUUUAGCCAAAUUGGCAAACUUCUCCUUUACUUCCUCGUCGGAAUCCAAAUCGGAAUCCUCUCCUCCCCCUGAAGGGAAGAACUGUGGUGAGAGGGGCCCAAGCCCUCCUCCCACACCCGCUGCUCCAGUGGUUGGCAGUAAGAGGAAAUCCUUUCAGCUCCAGGGCUCCACUGGGAAACUGAUUCUACCCCAAAAAUCUCUCUUCACUUUAUCAGAGCUAGAUGACGAAACAUUAGAUUUUGAUUGGGAUGAAGAGAUGAGAAAAAAGUCAUAAUUACAAAAAGAUUUUUAGUCAAAUUUCACCUUCUGCAACUCAACAGAGCCCCUUCUGGGUCUCAAACGUGCUACUUAUAAACGUGCAGAACCACUGCAUACUGAGUCCCGUUCUGAAUCCCAGCUCCCCAUCAGCUUUUCUAGUUUCAGGUUUAUCUUCAUGACUUAAAAAGUUAAAUAAUCAGCUUAGGUCAGUGGGUUCCCAGCACUUGAGUUGAAUUAAUCUUGUUGUAAAUGGAGUACUUGUAUACCCAAAGAUGUUUCUGGUUUUUUAAGGAACAGGGGGGUCUCCCCUACAUCCUUCCUUCGUUCACUCAGGAACAAAUGCCAGGAAGAGAGCACUCAAAAAUGUAACAAGGCGCCAGAUGAAUAUUUAUUGUCAUUUGGGUGAUUUGCCAAAAUCAUGUGAUUUUUUUUCUAAUAUUAUUUUUGUAUUUAUUUGCAUGCAUCAGAUUAAAUGUGAAUGUGACUUAUGCUUUCCUUUCUUUGAGAGAAGACAUUCUUACAGUUUCGUGGUAUUCCCAGAGAUCUGGCAACUGGUCAAAUAGUAGCUUUCUGAAGUACUGACCUUUCAGGUUUUCUUUUCUCUCUUGAGCCCAUAUUUUGUGCUUCAAGCUUCUUUUUUUUCUCUGA